AUGGCCAGCGCCAGCGGCAGCGCUCUCGCCGCACCCACCACCGUCCGCACCAGCGUGCACUUCACCCCGCUCCGCGGCUCGUCGGGCGGCGCAGCGCCCUCCGGGCUCCUCGAGGUGGACGGCCUCACACUCCUGCUCGACUGCGGCUGGGAGCCGCCGUUCGACGUGUCCGUGCUGGAGCCGCUGCGCGGGGUGGCCGCGCGGGUGGACGCGGUCCUCCUCUCGCACGGCGACCUCGCGCACGCUGGAGGGCUCGC